GGAGGCAGAAAUAGUAAUUGUAUACCCUCACAGACUGCGACAUAUAGCUCGAAGCAAAACAAUUUACCUUCACUGCAUUUCUUUUUCAGUCGCAAUAUGACUGCAGAUACUAAAUGGCAAAAAGAUGCAUCCGAUCAGAACUUCGACUACAUGUUCAAGUUGCUCAUCAUAGGUAAUUCCAGCGUAGGAAAAACUAGCUUCUUAUUCCGAUACGCCGAUGAUUCGUUUACGUCUGCAUUUGUGUCGACGGUUGGAAUUGAUUUUAAGGUGAAAACCGUCUUUCGUCACGAUAAGCGAGUAAAACUACAAAUUUGGGAUACAGCCGGUCAAGAGAGGUAUCGCACAAUCACCACAGCAUAUUAUCGAGGUGCAAUGGGUUUUAUUCUGAUGUACGAUAUUACAAAUGAAGAAAGUUUCAACUCUGUUCAAGAUUGGGUCACACAGAUAAAAACCUACUCCUGGGAUAACGCGCAGGUAAUUCUAGUAGGUAACAAAUGCGACAUGGAGGAUGAACGAGUAAUAUCCUUUGAACGUGGCAAACAACUAGCGGAUCAGCUGGGAGUGGAGUUUUUCGAAACAUCCGCAAAGGAAAACAUCAACGUUAAGAAUGUUUUUGAAAGGCUUGUAGACAUAAUUUGUGACAAGAUGUCGGAGAGCUUAGACUCAGAUCCAGCUCUAGUUGCGGGUGGCCCAAAGGGGCAACGAUUAACGGACCAACCACAGGGCCCACCAAACGCCAACUGCAACUGCUAAAACGACAAAUUGUGGCUUUCAGCAGCAAAUCACCGAAACGAAUGAAGAAAACACACGAUUGCACAUUUAUUACAGUAGGAUACCCCCAAACACACCUAUAUUUGUCGUUAGAAAUUUCAACAAAACGUAAGUAUGUGUGUGGUACACUGAAAAUUGGAACGAAUUCUAGAUUGGAAAAUUAAAAAAAAAACAUUUUGAUUAUCGUCACUACAUACAACAUAACGUGUCAUUCGUGACAUCCUGGCGUUGGAGAUCGAACCCAGCCUAUAUGCAUGGUUUGUAAGGACGAUACCAGCUACAACUGGGCUGACGCCUGGUUAGAAGAAUUAUUCAUAUCGUAAGGCAUACAAUGCUAGAUUGGUGUUAUUUCGAAUACGUUUGAUCUUUAUUUGCAUUCUGAGCAUAUCGAUUAUGCGCUGCUUCUGCACAAUGCCAUUACUGAUAGAUUUUAAUGUUAGGUUUUGUUCACCAAAGCAUGAAGCAUCAAUCGCAGCUGUCUGAAAACAGUUUUUCUGAAUGUAUUAAGGAAAUAAAAGAGAACCAUAGUUUUGUUGUAGAGAAAGCACUUAUUUACUGACACAAUACGAAUGGAAUGUUGUUCUAGAGUAGACAAUAAACAUAAUGGAAGGCCGAACUGUUCUGACAAACUAUCAUAGGCAUAUUGGGUUCUAUUGAAAUGAAAUAAAAAUAGUAUUUAUAUUAAAAUAUCUACGCCGAAACCAGAACAUUACACAAUCAGCACAUAGACAGUUGGAAAUGUGAAUUUGUAACAAGUAAACAGAGACUCGCAUUUGUCCAAAGAAUUAGUUAAAU